AUGAUUUUGGCUCACCUGUGUGAUGAACCCUAUGGUCUGAAAACAAAUAUGUGCAUGUGUUUGCUUUGUCUCCCUUUUGUUGUUGCUAAUGCGCUUACCGCCAGACUUAAUGAUGGAGUUCCUAUGGUUGAUGAGUUCUGGGUUCUUCUCGCUUACACUGUUUUUUCAAUAUUUCUGUAUUUGCAUUUUACCACAUCUGUUAUUCAUAAAAUCACAUCAGCACUCAGGAUAUACUGUUUCAGGAUAACAAGGAAAGAAACUUGA